AUGGACUGCCUGUUGUGGGACACCUGCGUCCUCUGCUUGCUGAACCUGUUGGGAGUUGCACUGGGUCACCUCCACCCAGAAUGUGACUUCAUCACACAGCUGAGAGAGGAUGAGCUUGCGUGUCUUCAGGUGGCAGAGGGGACCAACAACACCUCCCUGGGCUGCCCUGGGACCUGGGAUGGGCUGCUGUGCUGGCCUCCGACAGGCUCUGGCCAGUGGGUGGCCCUCCCUUGCCCCGACUUCUUCUCUCACUUCAGCUCAGAGCCAGGGGCUGUGAAAAGGGACUGCACCAUCACUGGCUGGGGUGAUAUCUUCCCGCCAUACCCUGUAGCCUGCCCUGUGCCCUUGGAGCUGCUAACUGAGGAGAAGUCUUACUUCUCCACUGUGAAGGUCAUCUACACCACAGGCCACAGCAUCUCCAUCGUAGCCCUCUGCGUGGCUAUUGCCAUCCUGGUUGCUCUCAGGAGGCUCCACUGCCCUCGGAACUACAUCCACAUGCAGCUGUUUGCCACCUUCAUCCUCAAGGCCAGUGCUGUGUUCCUGAAGGAUGCUGCCCUCUUCCAGGGUGAUAGCAUGGACCACUGCGGCUUGUCCACUAUCCUGUGUAAGGUCUCUGUGGCCAUCUCCCAUUUUGCCACCAUGACCAACUUCAGCUGGCUGCUGGCAGAAGCUGUCUAUCUGAGCUGCCUGUUGGCCUCCACAUCGCCCAGGUCCAAACCAGCUUUCUGGUGGCUGGUUCUUGCUGGCUGGGGGCUCCCUGUGCUAUGCACUGGUACCUGGGUGGGCUGCAAACUGGCUUUCGAGGACACUGCGUGCUGGGACCUAGACGACAGCUCCCUCUACUGGUGGAUCAUCAAAGGGCCCAUAGUCCUCUCUGUUGGGGUGAACUUUGGGCUGUUUCUCAAUAUAAUUUGCAUCCUGCUCAGGAAACUGGAGCCGGCACAGGGUGGCCUCCACACACGGGCUCAGUACUGGCGACUUUCCAAGUCAACACUUCUCCUUAUACCACUGUUUGGGAUUCAUUACAUCAUCUUCAACUUCUUGCCUGACAGUGCUGGCCUUGGCAUCCGCCUACCCCUGGACCUGGGGCUGGGACUGGGCUCAUUCCAGGGCUUCAUUGUUGCUGUCCUCUACUGCUUCCUCAACCAAGAGGUGAGGACGGAGAUUUCACGCAAAUGGUAUGGCCACGAUCCUGAACUUCUGCCGGCUCGUAGGACCUGCACUGAUUGGACCACACCUCCCCGAUCGAGAGUGAAGGUGCUGACCUCAGAGUGCUAGACCAGCCAUCCCUGUACUCAAACUGCCAUGCCACCAUGGGCACCAUGGGCAAGGCGAUGCUCCCUCCUGUUCUCAGCAUCUGCCUUUCCUAGGUCCCUGUACGUCAACCUCUGACUUUCUCAUUACUGUCUUUGCCCCCAUCUGUUCUUUCCUGCCAUCUAGGGCUGUUGCCCAAGGCCCAGAGAAACCAAUAAGCUUGUACACGAAUGAUCCGUGGUUGAGUCAAUGUGGUUCCAAAAGGGAGCUCUUAUAGCAGCCAUUAUUUGCACUUCCGGUGCAUUCCUCAUCCUUUGGCUCCAGCUGCCUUAUCACCAUUUGUCUCUACAAGAAUUCUCAUGUUUUAUUUAUUUUGUAAAAGCACUCUCUUUUGUCUUAACCCCCACUCCCAUCCCACGCCUUCCACAGGCCAAGACGUGAAUCUUUGCAUUUCUGCGUGUCUCGCCAAUGUGGAGUGUGCUACGAGUCUGUGUUUGAAUUUAAAUAAAUGCUAUCCAUUA